UUGAGGUUAACGUAUCAGCUGACGUAAACGUGACCACUCAACACGUAAAGUGUCUGAAAUUUUUAUGUGUUAAAAAACGUCCAUAACUUACUAUCGGAGCGUUAACAUGGGAAAAAACAAGCAGGCGCAACGAACCAAGAAUAAUGCACGGCCAUCAAACAGCAGUCGCAGUGCAGAACUCCUGGGGACUGCAAUGCCCAAUUUUGUUGGCUUCUCAGCAGUCAAGGAUGGAGGAUAUGUUCCUGUUCUACCUGGCCUAUCCUUGUGUAACUUGAAUGAGGUAGAAAUGAAUAAUGUAGACUCCAGUUUUCAAGUAGUACUGAAGAAGAUGAAUAAGAAAGAUGCUACCACAAAGUAUAAGGCAUUGCAAGAAUUCGCGACCCUGUGUGAGAGUGCUGAACUGUCAGCUGUGGAAGGCAUGCUACCAUUUUGGCCACGAUUGUAUUGCGCUCUCUCCAUCGACAUAGAUCACAGAGUGAGAGAGGCAACACAGUUGGCACAUGCUGCAGUUGUCAAACGUGUGGGUAAAAGCAUAGCGAUGUAUUUGAAGCAACUGGCCGGUGCUUGGUUCACUUCUCAGUACGACACAUAUCCUCUGGCUGCUUCAGCUGCUACCAAUUCUUUUAACAGUACAUUUCCACCGUGGAAAUUGGUCGACGCGAUUGUUCAUUGCCAAUGGGAAAUUUUAAUGUAUAUCAAUGACAACAUCACCAUCAGGACAGCUCAAACAUUGUCGACACAAAAGUCUCUUAGCAGUGAAGAAAUGGAAACAAAGUAUCAGCGAGUAUUGGUGUCGAAUCUACAGGCGUAUAGUUCUUACUUCAGGAAAAUCCCGCCUCGUGAGAUCGAGAACACCUUGAGUAUUCACGAAAAGAUUUUGACCAGUUCGAAAUUCUGGAAACUCGCGAAACAUGACGUCCUGCCGAUCAAAACGGCCUUCUUCAACGUGCUGACGUCGAUAAUAGGAAAUGCAGAACAUCUGUUGAAGAAGGAGAAGAAAAGAGUCAUGACUACAAUCAUCAACAGCCUCGACGAAUCCGAGCCUGGAAUUUCGUCGGCCGUGUGGGAGUCAAUGCUCGUAGCUAUAAACAAGAUCGACGACUGGCAUACCGUCGUGAGUGUCGACAAGCUAGUUUUGCCGAAGCUGUGGCGCGUCUUACGAUCUGGCGGCCAAUGCUGUGCCAGUAUCGUUUACCCGAAUCUACUGCCUUUUGUUAGUCAAUUCCCGAAGUUCAACGUCAAUACCGACCAGCUGUAUGUCAAUUUUUUCGAUAACAUGCGCCAAGGCUUUUCCGUCAAGAGCGUGCAGAUAAGUCGCUCGGAGAUGCAGGCCGUGGUGACGUCUUUCAUCGAGUGUCUGCGUUACUCCAUUGUCGUGAACGCCGAGAAUGUGGAUCUGUGCGUUCGCCUCUUCAAGGAACAGCUUGUCCCCGUCGUAGAAUCGUGUAUGACGGAAAACACCGCGACGAUGAAGCAACUCCUUUUCUCCGAAGUUACACACUUGUUGCGAUACUGGAGCAAAAAUCGCACCAACGAGAUGUACAGGUCGUACGUUCCGCUGAUACAGCAGUUUUGGAUCGAGCUGCGAUUGCUGUUCGACAAGCUCAUAGACGUGCCGUGGGAGAGCGCGGUGUCGUACACUGUGGACGCCCAAAUCGAGCUCCUGCUGACAUUGAAACAUGCACCAGACUGUGGCCGGAAGAAGUUGAAAGUGAAAUUCUGCAGUCCGGACGACGUCGUGGCGAAACCACCGGAGGUCAGUGUUAACAAAGUCGACGCGGACCCAUUGUUCACUGCGGAACUCCACGAGUUCGUGAAUGCGCUUUGCGCUAUCUACUUCAACAAAAUCAACGACCGGCAGUCCACGGUAUACAUCGGACCGCUCAACAAAGUUAUGAAGCAUUUCGCGAGCAGGGAAUUGUUCGUCGCGCUUUCGACGUCGUUCCAAUCUAACAAGGACUUCUUCGAGUUUUAUGAUGAGAGUUUGAGGCCGUUGCUGCUCACGAAUCCGGAAAGCAUGGGACAAAUUGUCGAGUUAAUAUUCUACUUUAUCACAUAUAUAAGCGAUACGGAGAAAGACAAAGUUUUGAAGUCGUUGGUCGAGUUGGACGACAUUUCGAUCACGAGGAGCGUUAUAUAUUCUAGUCUCUCCAAGUGCAAUAGAAAUGAUCGCGUAAUAAAGGAUUGGUACACUCAAGCUGACGUCACCAAGCUGCUGGUCGAUAUGGCCAAGGAAAUCGUCUCGCCCGAAUACGAUGACCCGGAGAAGAAUCAGGAUCUGAUUUUGUUGGCUUUUGAGACUUCAGACACUGGGGACGCAUUGAUAAACGAAGAAGCAGCGAACGAAAUCGUGUCGAUUCUUUGCGACUCACUGAGCGGGACGGAUGAAGUUUGCUCCAUGCAGUUAAUCGAAUUUAUCACAAAGUUGAUGACACUGAUAUGGAGUCACAAACGGACAAUAUCAAGCGCCGUGCAAAUACUGGAGACACUCUUCGAAUUGUGCACGCGAGGACAUGACGACUGCGACUCGACUUCCGUCGCUGCCGUGUGCGACAGUUGGAAGGAGGGACUUGUCAAAAGCAGUCAAAUAUUAUCACGUUCCGAAUUCAACGAUCUCAUCAAGAGAUGCGCGCUCAUUAUUUGGAGCAAGGUGUACAACGCGCACAUCAAAGAUACAUUGGUAGACUUGGCAACGGAUGUCUUGGAAGUUAUAAUCAACAAUGACGACGACACACAAUCGAACUGCGAGGAAACUAUCUUGCUGUUUCUCACGGCAUCUGAUAUUAAACUGUGGACUGCCGAAGCAACCACUGUUGCGAUUUAUGGCGAGAUAGCGACCGGCAACUUAUAUAUGUCGAGUCUCGAGAGGAAGAUACGGAUUUUCCAGGAAUGCAUGUCCGUCGAUCUAACGAACGACACGAUCUCUGAUAACACGGCGACCUGCUUGGAGUGGGCUGUAUUUACUGCGGACUUGCUUAAUAAUCUGCACAAGAAGCUGAGACGUUCCGAGGUCGACGAGGUCGACGCGCCUUCUAACUUGCAAGAAGAUGCUGAAUCGUAUAAUUUGGAUUUGCCAGGAAUUACGGAGAUCUUGGUGAACAUCGUGAACGUGGCCACCGUAGCGGAAAUCUACAGCAAACAUUACAAAUCCAUCAAACACUACAAUGACGUGAACAAACUCCUCGACUCGCUUAAGAGCAGUUUCAUCAGCUUGCAAGAACGUUUCCAGAAGAACAUUCACGACGACGUGCUGUCUCAUAUACGGACGAAUUACGCAGGUUACGGGUACAUGCUGCCAUAUAUAAUCCGUACGCAUUACGCCCAGUUUAAGCCGAACGAGAAUCCCGUCGAAUAUUAUGAGAGUUGCGGGAACAGCGAAGAGGAACGCGACGAGGAAGCGCGAGUGCAAGAGAUGCAAGUUUUCAACGAUUAUUGGACGUCUGAUAAUCUCCCAUUAUUAACAGGCAAUGACAUUUACAUGCUAAUCGCCACGAGAAUCGCAAUGCGUCUUGAAGGUGACGGUUCAGCCAAUACUAGUGUGAUGGAAAAAUAUAUAAAUAAAGAGGAUUCAACAUUGCUACUCUUGGAUCAAGACAUUUCUGAUGUCCCAUGGGAUCAAAUGCUCUUGCCACUAGAAGUCAUAAGAACACUGACGACGCUGGUCCGAGAAGCUCCGGCGAAGUUGACGCAAGAGCAAUGGGACUUCACCUUGAUAUCCCUCACAAUGUGGCAACAAUCGGUCGACAAGUCCAAACGCAACUACACUGACAUCAAAGUAACGGCGUUAAUGGCGGCGGUUAGUCAACUGUAUUAUGAAUUUCAAACUUUGAUGAAUAAGCACGAGCAAGAACCGAUGUCAGAGCUACCUCCUGCGCUCUUGGACGAAUGGAAAAACGUAUUUGCCAGAGACAUACACAGCUGUAUUGCGCGGACUUGGAUAUUUUGCACCGACUUGCAUAAUGAAGAUGCAGCCACUGUAAAGUCUAUCGUGCCGUUGGAUUAUUUGGGACGAGCAGUUAGCAUACUCGACAGGAAUAUACUGUUCAAGAAGUGUGACGAAGAUACUCAGACGGUCAACUUUGACGAGAUGUUGGAACUGUCUCUGAAAUUGCUGCAGUCUCCUGUGCCUAGUAUUCAGCUCGGCGCUUAUCAUAUGUUGAAGCACAUAGUGGCGGAGCUUGUACAACAGGACAAAGUUCUCGUCGAGUCUGAGAGCUUCGAGCCGAGCGGACUCAACAUCAAGAGACUCGAAACAGUGCUGUUAAGCACGCAGAAUAUCGUGAACACGAUGCUCAUUGAAUUCAAAUUAUGUGAUAUUGUUAGCUGUACGAUUCAACCAUUUACGGACUCUUACACGUACACGUUAGGAUAUCUGCUAGCGUGGGCUGUUGUGUUGGACAUUUGUGCAAAUGCUCAUGGCGAUUUACGGUAUCAAUACGCCGAAAUAUUGAAGAACGAUCUAUUCCCUUGCCUGUUGAAUAAUAUCUUCAAGUUGAUGCCCGUGGAAGUGUUGCAAGAUAAUAAAAAUAAGGCUGUAAAGCUGCUGGAGAUCUUUACCACUGCCCCCUCAUUUAAUUUUGGAGAAAGUUGGACGGAAUGUAGAUUGGAUCAUAUUGUAUGUUGGUUGUAUACGAACUGCCUGCGGCACCUGCCAGUAUUAGUUAGACAAUGGUGGAGUACGGCCGAUAGCAGAGUUAGUGCGACGAUAGAGAAGAUUACGACUCAUUAUGUCAGUCCUGUCCUUUGCCAAGAAGAGCUUCUUAACAACAGAUUAGUCAAUAUGGAAAAUAUGCAAGUGAAGGUGCAUCCGACAGCAAGGGAAGUAAUCGCGUUGUACCAAAUGGAUGACACCAAAUUGGAAUUAAGUAUUGUGCUACCACCAAAUCAUCCAUUAGGUACUGUAACAGUAGAACCCGGUCAACACGCGGGUGGCACGGCAAACUGGCGAAACUGUCAUAUGCAACUUUCUAUAUUCCUCACCCAUCAAAAUGGCUCUGUUUGGGAUGGUCUCAUAAUGUGGAAACGCAAUUUGGAUAAGAAGUUUGCAGGUGUCGAAGAAUGUUACAUAUGCUUCAGUAUUUUCCACAUCAGCACAUACCAAAUACCAAAGUUGUCGUGUCACGCUUGUCGUAAGAAGUUUCAUACUCCCUGUUUGUACAAAUGGUUCAACACGAGUCAAAAAUCCACCUGUCCAAUAUGCAGAAGUGUGUUUUAAUGCAACUUGGAUACAAGUUUUUCUACUUGAUUAACGACAUUGACAGUAUAAGUUGAAAAUAAUGCGUCCUGUAAAAUAAAAUUAAUUUAACGAUUUUUGCUGUAAAAAAGCUAAAUAAUCAUAAGAACUAUAAUGCAUUAAAUUUAUUGUAAAGUAAUGUUAAAACUUCAACAGAAUAAUAAAUCAGUCAGCUGGAUA